AUGGCAUCUUCAUUCCAGUUGUACAAAGCUCUCCUCUUUUUCUCUUCUCUGCUUUCUGCAGUGCAAGCCCAGAAGGUCGGCACUCAGCAAGCUGAAGUGCACCCCGGCCUGACCUGGCAGACCUGCACGAGCUCCGGCAGCUGCACCACCGUCAACGGCGAGGUCACUAUUGACGCAAACUGGCGCUGGCUGCACACCGUCAAUGGGUACACCAACUGCUAUACUGGCAACGAAUGGGAUACCUCCAUCUGCACCAGCAACGAGGUUUGCGCGGAACAAUGCGCUGUCGACGGUGCUAACUAUGCCUCCACAUACGGCAUCACCACAUCCGGCAGCUCGCUGCGUCUGAACUUCGUCACGCAGUCGCAGCAGAAGAAUAUCGGUUCCAGAGUCUAUCUCAUGGAUGACGAGGAUACAUACACCAUGUUCUACCUGCUCAACAAGGAAUUCACUUUUGACGUCGACGUCUCCGAGCUCCCCUGCGGUCUCAACGGGGCGGUCUACUUUGUGUCUAUGGACGCCGACGGCGGCAAAUCCCGCUAUGCCACCAACGAAGCCGGUGCCAAAUACGGCACGGGAUACUGCGACUCUCAGUGCCCGCGGGACCUCAAGUUCAUCAACGGCGUCGCCAACGUCGAGGGCUGGGAAUCCUCCGAUACGAACCCCAACGGCGGCGUCGGCAAUCACGGCUCCUGCUGCGCAGAGAUGGAUAUCUGGGAGGCAAACAGCAUUUCCACUGCUUUCACUCCCCAUCCCUGCGAUACCCCGGGCCAGACCCUCUGCACCGGUGACUCAUGCGGUGGGACCUAUAGCAACGACCGCUACGGCGGCACCUGCGACCCCGAUGGCUGCGACUUUAACUCCUACCGUCAGGGGAACAAGACCUUCUACGGGCCAGGCCUGACAGUCGACACGAACAGCCCGGUCACAGUGGUGACCCAGUUCCUGACAGACGACAACACGGACACAGGCACCCUCUCGGAAAUCAAACGCUUCUAUGUCCAGAACGGCGUCGUCAUCCCCAACUCCGAGUCGACCUACCCCGCUAAUCCGGGUAACUCGAUCACAACGGAGUUCUGCGAGUCGCAAAAGGAACUCUUCGGCGACGUCGAUGUUUUCUCCGCCCACGGCGGCAUGGCGGGCAUGGGCGCCGCGUUGGAACAAGGCAUGGUCCUUGUACUGUCCCUGUGGGACGACAACUACUCAAACAUGCUCUGGCUCGACUCGAAUUACCCCACGGACGCGGACCCGACUCAACCAGGUAUCGCGCGCGGGACGUGCCCGACGGACUCGGGCGUUCCGUCUGAAGUCGAGGCCCAAUAUCCGAAUGCGUAUGUCGUGUACUCGAACAUCAAGUUUGGUCCUAUUGGAAGUACCUUUGGCAACGGUGGAGGCUCAGGGCCAACAACAACGGUGACGACGAGUACCGCUACUAGUACAACUAGCUCGGCGACGUCGACGGCUACCGGUCAGGCGCAGCACUGGGAGCAGUGUGGUGGGAAUGGCUGGACUGGUCCGACGGUCUGCGCUAGCCCCUGGGCUUGCACAGUGGUGAACUCAUGGUACUCGCAGUGUCUGUAA